GUGGAAACUCUCAGGAGGGACCGACCGGAGCAGCCAUCGGUGGAUGUCACGGCAGCAAAACAAGGUUGUCUGCAGAUGCUGUUUGCCUGGUACCUUUGAGAGCAAUCGUAACCACACAGAGAGGUGUCAGCUGUGAGGUCUAAGGUGUAGGUGGCCUCCCCUUCCAACCUUCACUAAAGUGAUAUUCUUGGCAAUACCCAUGAGCAUCUCAGUGAAUGGACAUAGAUGCUCUAAAUCUUGGAGUCACCACAGUUCAACCCUCCAGCACGUGCUCCCUCUUGUGAAUUCUCCCCAUCUUUGUAGGAUGGACGAGGAGUCGCCAGAUGCACUGCUCUUCAAAGACCGUGACUUCUCCUCCGACUUGUUGAGGCAGCUCAACAGCUUAAGGCAAAACAGGAUCCUGACCGACGUGAGCAUCUGCACCGGGGCCUGGGAGGUCCCCUGUCACCGCAACGUGCUGGCCUCCAGCAGCCCCUACUUCAGGGCCAUGUUCUGCAGCAACUUCCGAGAGAGCAGGGAGGCCAAAGUCCAGCUGAAAGGCAUUGACUCCCCGACUCUGGAGCGGAUCGUCCUGUAUGUGUACACGGGCGAGGUGCAUAUCACAGCUGACACGGUCCUGCCCUUGAUGGAGGCCGCCUCCCUGCUGCAGUACCCCAAGCUGUUCGAGGCCUGCUCCUCUUACCUCCAGAGCCAGCUGACCCCCAGCAACUGCCUGGGCUUGAUCAGACUGUCUGAAAUCUUAAGCUGUGAGAGCCUCAGGAAGAGAGCCAGGGAGGUGGCCCUGGUGUAUUUCCCAGAAGUGGUGGCAUCGGCUGACCUGAAGGAGCUCUGUGCCUUGGAAUUGCGAGAUUACCUGGGAGACGAUGGGCUCUGUGGGGAGGAGGAGAAGGUGUUCGAAGCCCUCAUGGUUUGGGUCAAGCAUGACCUCCAGACCCGGACACGAUACAUGCAGGAACUGUUCAAGCAGGUCAGGCUUCAGUACGUCCACCCAGCCUUCUUCCAUCACUUCAUUGCCAACGAUGCCCUCCUCCAGUCCUCGCCCCACUGCCAGACCAUCCUGGAGACAGCCAAGAAGCAGAUGUUUUCUUUGUACAGCACCACCUGCGCCCCCGACCUCCACCCUCUGUGGCACGUCCCCCCAAGAAGCUCUUACCAAGAUUUCCUCAUCCUCUUGGGUGGAAGGAAGGACAACCAGCAGACCACUAGGGAUGUUCUGCUCUACAAUGGACAGACCAGCCAGUGGCAGAGCCUGGCCAAACUCCCGGCCCGGCUGUACAAGGCCUCGGCCGUCACCUUGCACCGCAGCAUCUACGUGCUGGGAGGCAUGGCUGUGGGCGCAGGGAAGAGCGUGCCCAGUCACAACGUCUACAUCUUCUCCCUGAAACUCAAUCAGUGGAGGCUGGGGCAGCCCAUGCUGGUGGCCCGCUACUCCCACCGAAGCACUGCCCACAAGAACUUCAUCUUCUCCAUUGGGGGCAUUGGAGAAGGGCACGAGGUCAUGGACUCCAUGGAGAGAUAUGACAGCAUCAGCAAUGUCUGGGAGAGCAUGGCCAGCAUGCCAGUGGGGGUCCUCCACCCUGCAGUCGCAGUGAAAGACCAAAGACUCUACCUUUUUGGGGGAGAGGACAUCAUGCAGAACCCUGUGCGCCUUAUCCAGGUUUAUCACAUUUCCAGAAACACGUGGUUCAAAAUGGAGACAAGAAUGAUCAAGAAUGUAUGUGCCCCUGCCGUGGUGCUUGGGGAGCGGAUUGUCAUUGUGGGAGGUUACACGAGGAGGAUCCUUGCCUAUGACCCUCAGUCCAACAAGUUUGCCAAAUGUGCAGACAUGAAAGACCGGAGGAUGCACCACGGGGCCACAGUGAUGGGGAACAAGCUGUACGUGACGGGCGGGCGGCGGCUGACCACGGACUGUAACAUCGAGGACUCGGCCUCCUUUGACUGCUAUGACCCCGAGACGGACACCUGGUCGUCCCAGGGACAGCUGCCUCACAAGCUCUUUGACCACGCCUGCCUCACUCUUCAAUGCAUCCCCCACACUUCCACCUUUCCCUGGGGUCCAUGAGAAACCGAGAGGUCUUCUGUCUUAGUCGGGAUGCUCUUGUUGCAAGAGACAGAACCCAACUCUAAAAAGCUUAACCCUAAAAGGGUACAAGGAGAGCACACAGGAAUGAAAGUUCCAGUGAGUUUGAAAGCCUGGAGCCCUGGAACCAACCAUACUGUUGACAGAACUCUGUCUCUCUGUCUCUGUCUCUCUCUGUCUCUCUUUUCUCGCUCCCCCUCCAUCCCUCCCUCCUUCUCUACCUCAUCUCUCUUGGCCUUUAUUCUACAAACAAGCUUCCUUAUCCACACGGUGUGAGGACAAUGGCAACUGAUAAAUCCAGACCCACCCUCUCC